UCGAUUGUCAACACAGCCUUAAUGUAAAUGAUUCGUGUUUACAUGAAUUUUCACUUCAAUUUUUCUUUGCAUUGCAUUUUUAAACUUUGAAAAUGGAAAUUGUGCCUAUGACUUACGAUAAGGAAGAAUACAUUGAAACGGCAUCUGGGAACAAAGUAAGCCGAAAGACGGUUCUAUGUGGUUCACAAAAUAUCGUUUUGAAUGGCAAAGUGAUUGUUCAAACUGGUGCCAUCAUUCGUGGUGAUUUGUCAAAUGUACGAACCGGCCGCUAUUGCGUGAUCAGCCAGAAGGCGGUGAUUCGGCCAGCCUACAAGCAAUUCUCGACUGGCAUUGCUUUUUUCCCUUUGGUGAUCGGUGAACAUGUAUACAUUGGUGAAGGUGCUGUUGUUUCAGCUGCCUCAAUCGGUUCAUACGUUUAUAUUGGGAAGAAUGCUAUUAUUGGCCGACGCUGUACAAUCCGAGACUGUUGUAUAAUUGAAGAUGGAGCGGUCGUACCUCCGGAAACAACUGUGGCUAGUUUCAUGAAAUUCACUGCCCAAGGAACGAUUGAAGGUGAUCAGGGCAAUCCAAACUUUGUUCCACCAGCAAUGCAAGAUCUGAUGAUUGACUUCACGAAAUCAUACUACGAACAUUUUCGGCCAAUGUUGCCGAAGCCAGCGUAAAAUACAACUCUCCCAAACAAAUGAAAUAUUUAUAUCGAUACAAAGAUACUUUAUUUAAAUAUAAUUCCAAAUUAUGAUAGUCUCAUAGUUUUUUUCCCCAUGA